GUAUAUUAAGUCUCGGCACCAUUGUACAGCUAGAGCAGGGAAGGGUUGUUGGAGUAGUGCGAGUCUUAACCUGCGUUUGUGUUAACAAGGGCUCGCGCUGACAUUUUGUUGCGAUGUCCGACGGCGGUGGAGGCGAGGAGAGCGCGGGCACCAUGGAGGUGUCCGCUGCUGUGCAGACGGUUGCCGACACGUCAGUGCUACAGAAGCACAUCCGCAAGCUGGUGCCGUUGCUGCUGGAAGAUGGCGGCGAGGCUCCGGCCGCUCUGGAGGGCGCGCUGGAGGAGAAGAGCGCCGUGGAGCAGAUGAGGAAGUUCCUGUCGGACCCGCAAGUGCACACCAUCCUGGUGGAGAGGAGCUCGCUCAAAGAGGAUGUUGGUGAUGAAGGUGAGGAGGAGAAAGAGUGCAUCUCAUACAACAUCAGCAUUGACAUACAUUAUGGGUUGAAGUCUAAUAGUCUGGCCUUUAUCAAGAGGACUGGAGUCAUCGAUGCAGACAAGCCCAUCUCUUCCCAAGUGCGUGUCCUGACUCUCAGUGAAGAUUCACCUUAUGAAACCCUGCAUUCCUUCAUCAGCAAUGCAGUGGCCCCUUUCUUCAAAUCCUACAUCCGGGAGUCUGGCAAGGCUGACAGGGAUGGUGACAAGAUGGCACCGUCUGUGGAAAAGAAGAUUGCAGAGUUGGAGAUGGGGCUGCUGCACCUGCAGCAAAACAUUGAGAUCCCUGAAAUUAGUCUUCUCAUCCACCCUAUCAUCACUAAUGUCGCUAAGCAGUGCUAUGAGCGUGGGGAGAAACCCAAAGUCACCGACUUCGGCGAAAAAGUAGAGGACCCGACAUUUCUCAAUCAACUUCAGUCAGGUGUCAAUCGGUGGAUCAGAGAGAUCCAGAAGGUCACAAAACUGGAUCGGGACCCUGCCUCUGGGACCGCUCUGCAGGAGAUCAGCUUCUGGCUGAACCUGGAACGUGCCUUGAACCGCAUCCAGGAAAAACGAGAGAGUCCUGAGGUCCUCCUCACAUUGGACAUACUCAAGCAUGGCAAGCGCUUCCAUGCCACAGUCAGCUUUGACACUGACACUGGUCUGAAGCAGGCUGUUGAGACAGUGAAUGACUACAACCCCUUAAUGAAGGACUUCCCACUCAACGACCUCUUGUCAGCUACUGAACUGGACAAAAUUCGCCAGGCCUUGGUUGCCAUCUUCACUCACUUGCGCAAAAUACGCAACACCAAGUACCCCAUUCAGCGUGCUUUGCGUUUGGUGGAGGCCAUCUCUCGGGACCUCAGCUCCCAGCUUCUUAAGGUCUUGGGGACCAGGAAGCUCAUGCAUGUAGCUUAUGAAGAAUUCGAGAAGGUGAUGGUGGCAUGCUUUGAGGUCUUCCAGACAUGGGAGGAUGAGUAUGAGAAGUUGCAGGUGUUGCUUAGGGACAUUGUGAAGAGGAAGAGGGAGGAGAAUCUGAAAAUGGUAUGGCGGCUUAGUCCUGCCCACCGCAAGCUACAAGCCCGGCUGGAUCACAUGAGGCGCUUCCGAAGACAGCACGAACAGCUGCGGGCUGUAAUUGUGCGCGUCCUUCGACCUCAGGUGUCAGCUGUCCCCCAGCACAGCCAAGGUGAAGCUGUGGAACCUCCUGAUAUGAAGGUGUCAGAGGUCCUCUUUGAUGCAGCUGAUGCCAAUGCAAUUGAAGAGGUGAAUCUGGCAUACGAGAACGUGAAGGAAGUGGAUGGCCUGGAUGUGUCAAAGGAGGGCAUGGAAGCCUGGGAAGCAGCCAUGAAGCGUUAUGAUGAGCGCAUAGACCGUGUGGAGACCCGCAUCACUGCCCGUCUCCGCGACCAGCUGGGCACUGCCAAGAAUGCUAACGAAAUGUUCCGCAUCUUCUCCCGCUUUAACGCCCUGUUUGUGCGCCCUCACAUCCGUGGGGCCAUCCGCGAGUACCAAACUCAGCUCAUCCAACGUGUGAAAGAUGAUAUUGAAUCCCUGCAUGACAAGUUCAAGGUGCAGUACCCACAGAGCCAGUCUUGCAAGAUGAGCCACGUGCGCGAUCUGCCCCCUGUCUCUGGCUCCAUCAUCUGGGCCAAGCAAAUUGACCGGCAACUGACUGCCUAUAUGAAGCGUGUGGAAGAUGUGUUGGGCAAAGGAUGGGAGAACCAUGUGGAAGGUCUCAAACUCAAACAAGAUGGUGACAGCUUUCGUGCCAAGCUCAACACUCAGGAGAUCUUCGAUGACUGGGCCCGCAAAGUACAGCAACGCAACCUGGGGGUGUCGGGCCGCAUCUUCACCAUCGAGAGCAGCCGUGCUCGUGGGCGCUCUGGCAACAUAUUGAAACUCAAAGUCAACUUCCUUCCUGAAAUAAUCACACUGUCUAAGGAAGUGCGCAACUUGAAGUGGCUAAGCUUCCGUGUACCCUUGGCCAUCGUCAACAAGGCCCACCAGGCCAACCAACUCUAUCCAUUUGCCAUCUCUCUCAUUGAGAGUGUGCGUACCUAUGAGCGUACCUGUGAGAAAGUGGAGGAGCGAACCUCUAUUUCCUUGCUAGUGGCUGGGCUGAAGAAGGAAGUGCAGGCCCUGAUCACAGAAGGUAUUGCCCUUGUCUGGGAAUCCUACAAGCUUGACCCUUACGUACAACGUCUGGCUGAAACAGUGUUCAAUUUCCAGGAGAAGGUGGAUGAUCUUCUUCUGAUUGAGGAAAAAAUAGACCUAGAAGUACGCUCUCUGGAGACUUGCAUGUAUGACCACAAAACUUUCACUGAGAUCUUGAACCGUGUUCAGAAAGCUGUGGAUGACCUCAAUCUCCACUCAUAUUCCAAUUUGCCAAUCUGGGUCAACAAGCUGGACAUUGAGAUUGAGAGGAUCCUAGGGGUGCGUCUCCAAGCUGGUCUGAGAGCUUGGACCCAAGUUCUUCGGGGACAGAUGGAGGACAAGGCUGAUGUGGACAUGGAUACAGAAGCCCCACAAGUCAGCCACAAACCUGGAGGAGAACCAAAAAUCAAGAACAUAGUGCAUGAGUUGAGAAUCACCAACCAAGUCAUCUAUCUAAAUCCUCCCAUUGAAGACUGCCGCUACAAGCUGUACCAGGAAAUGUUUUCAUGGAAGAUGGUCAUUCUGUCUUUGCCACGAAUCCAGAGUCAGCGUUAUCAGGUGGGUGUGCACUAUGAGCUGUCAGAGGAAGAGAAGUUCUAUAGGAAUGCCUUGACCAGAAUGCCAGAUGGUCCUGCUGCCCUGGAGGAAGCCUACAAUGCAGUGAUGGAGAUUGUCAAUGAAGUGGAGCAGUAUGUCAAGGUGUGGCUGCAGUACCAGUGCCUAUGGGACAUGCAAGCAGAGAACAUCUACAACCGACUGGGGGAGGAUCUCAAUAAGUGGCAGGCUUUGCUGGUGCAGAUCCGCAAAGCCAGAGGCACAUUUGACAAUGCUGAGACCAGAAAGGAGUUUGGUCCUGUGAUCAUAGAUUAUGGCAAGGUUCAGUCGAAGGUCAAUCUCAAAUACGACUCGUGGCACAAAGAGGUCCUCAGCAAGUUUGGACAGAUGCUCGGCAACAACAUGCAGGACUUCCACUCACAGAUUUCCAAAUCCCGCCAAGAACUGGAGCAGCACUCUGUGGAUACAGCCAGUACUUCAGAUGCUGUCACCUUUAUUACUUAUGUUCAAACUCUGAAGCGCAAAAUUAAGCAGUUUGAGAAGCAGGUUGAUCUGUUCCGCAAUGGACAGCGCCUCCUGGAGAAGCAGCGCUUCCAGUUUCCACCUUCUUGGCUGUACAUUGACAACAUUGAAGGCGAGUGGGGUGCUUUCAGUGACAUCAUGAAGCGCAAGGAUACUGCCAUUCAACAGCAAGUGGCCAAUCUGCAGAUGAAGAUAGUCCAGGAGGAUCGAGCAGUGGAGAACCGCACCACAGACCUGCUUGCGGACUGGGAGAAGACCAAGCCCGUUGCUGGAAACCUCCGACCAGAAGAGGCCCUCCAGUCCCUCACCAUCUAUGAGGGCAAGUUCGGGCGACUGAAAGAUGAUCGAGAGAAGUGUGCAAAAGCAAAAGAGGCCCUGGAGUUGACUGACACAGGGCUACUGAGUGGCAGUGAGGAGAGGGUCCAGGUGGCACUGGAGGAACUCCAGGACCUAAAGGGGGUAUGGUCUGAACUGUCAAAGGUGUGGGAGCAGAUUGACCAGAUGAAGGAACAGCCCUGGGUUUCCGUGCAGCCACGCAAGCUGCGUCAAAGCUUAGAUGGACUUCUGAACCAGCUGAAGAAUUUCCCGGCACGGUUGCGGCAGUACGCAUCCUAUGAGUAUGUACAAAGGCUGCUGAAGGGCUAUAUGAAGGUCAAUAUGCUGGUGAUUGAGCUAAAGUCAGAGGCACUGAAGGAUCGGCACUGGAAGCAGCUGAUGAAAAGGCUACAUGUGAAUUGGGUGCUCUCUGAGCUGACCCUGGGCCAGAUUUGGGAUGUGGAUUUGCAGAAGAAUGAGAUGGUUGUGAAGGAUGUGCUCUUGGUGGCCCAGGGAGAGAUGGCUCUGGAAGAGUUCCUUAAGCAGAUUCGCGAAGUUUGGAACUCCUAUGAACUUGACCUGGUCAACUACCAAAACAAGUGCCGCCUCAUCCGUGGCUGGGAUGACCUUUUCAAUAAGGUCAAAGAACACAUUAACAGUGUGUCUGCAAUGAAGCUGUCACCAUACUACAAAGUUUUUGAAGAGGAUGCACUGAGCUGGGAGGACAAGUUGAAUCGCAUCAUGGCCCUGUUUGAUGUGUGGAUUGAUGUCCAGAGGCGUUGGGUCUAUUUGGAGGGGAUCUUUACUGGCAGUGCUGACAUCAAGCACUUACUGCCAGUAGAAACCCAGAGAUUCCAGAGCAUAAGCACAGAGUUCUUGGCUUUGAUGAAGAAAGUGACCAAAUCGCCACUGGUGAUGGAUGUCCUCAACAUCCAGGGAGUGCAGAGAUCCUUGGAGAGACUUGCUGACUUGUUGGGCAAGAUCCAAAAGGCCCUGGGAGAGUACCUAGAGCGGGAACGCUCAUCUUUCCCCAGGUUCUACUUUGUUGGUGACGAAGACCUGUUGGAGAUCAUUGGCAACAGCAAGAAUGUGGCCAAGUUACAGAAACAUUUCAAGAAGAUGUUUGCUGGCGUGUCCAGCAUCCUGCUGAAUGAAGACAAUACAGAAGUCCUGGGCAUUUCAUCUCGUGAGGGAGAGGAGAUUCUUUACAAGACCCCAGUGUCCAUCACGGAACAUCCCAAAAUCAACGAGUGGCUGACUCUUGUGGAGAAGGAAAUGAGGGUCACCUUGGCCAAGCUUCUAGCUGAGUCAGUGACUGAGGUGGGCGCCUUCAACAAGGGAACUUCCAUUGAUCUCACCACCUACAUAAACUGGAUCGACAGAUAUCAGGCUCAGUUGGUGGUCUUGUCAGCCCAGAUUGCCUGGUCAGAGAAUGUGGAAAGUGCCCUAAAUACCAUUUCAGGCAGUGCAGACAUGGCACCCCUUCAGUCUGUUCUGUCAAAUGUGGAGGCCACAUUGAAUGUUCUGGCUGACACGGUGCUGAUGGAACAGCCUCCCUUACGCAGGAAGAAACUUGAGCACCUGAUCACAGAGCUGGUCCAUCAGAGGGAUGUGACCAGGUCCCUGAUAAAGAACAAAAUCGACAACCCAAAGUCCUUUGAAUGGCUGAGUCAGAUGCGCUUCUACUUCGACCCCAAGCAAACUGAUGUGCUGCAGCAGCUCUCCAUCCAGAUGGCCAAUGCCAAGUUCAACUAUGGCUUUGAGUACCUUGGUGUUCAGGACAAGCUUGUGCAGACCCCUCUCACUGACCGCUGCUACCUAACUAUGACCCAAGCCCUAGAGGCACGACUUGGUGGUUCUCCAUUUGGACCUGCUGGAACUGGAAAGACAGAGUCUGUGAAGGCUCUCGGUCAUCAGCUGGGUCGGUUUGUGCUGGUCUUCAACUGCGAUGAGACAUUUGACUUUCAGGCAAUGGGUCGCAUCUUUGUGGGCCUGUGUCAGGUGGGUGCCUGGGGCUGCUUUGACGAGUUCAACCGUUUGGAGGAGAGGAUGCUCUCUGCUGUCUCCCAGCAGGUCCAAUAUAUCCAAGUUGCCCUGAGGGAGCAUAGUAACCCCAACAGAGACCGCAGUGCACCCAUUACCUGUGAGCUGCUGAACAAGCAGGUGAAGGUGAGCCCAGAUAUGGCCAUCUUCAUCACCAUGAACCCUGGAUAUGCUGGCCGUUCAAACCUGCCCGACAACCUGAAGAAAUUAUUCCGCAGCCUGGCCAUGACCAAACCUGAUCGGCAGCUCAUUGCCCAGGUCAUGCUGUAUUCCCAGGGUUUCCGCACAGCUGAGAUCCUGGCCAACAAGAUUGUUCCUUUCUUCAAGCUGUGUGACGAGCAGCUGUCUUCCCAGAGUCACUACGACUUUGGCCUGCGAGCCUUGAAGAGCGUUUUGGUGAGUGCCGGCAAUGUCAAACGGGAGCGCAUCCAGAAGAUAAAGCGGGAGAAGCGUGAGCGUGGGGAGGAUGUUGAUGAAAACGAGAUUGCGGAGAAUCUUCCGGAACAGGAGAUCCUGAUCCAGAGUGUGUGUGAGACCAUGGUCCCCAAAUUGGUGGCAGAGGACAUCCCACUCCUCUUCAGCCUUUUGUCAGAUGUAUUCCCUGGAGUGCAAUACAUGCGUGGGGAGAUGACAGCUCUCCGUGAGGAACUUAAAAAAGUGUGCUCUGAGAUGUACCUCACCUACGGGGAUGGAGAUGAUGUAGGAAGCAUGUGGGUUGAGAAGGUGCUCCAGCUGUAUCAGAUCACCCAGAUCAACCACGGGCUUAUGAUGGUGGGUCCUUCAGGCAGUGGCAAGACCAUGGCCUGGAGGGUGUUGCUCAAGGCUCUGGAGCGCCUGGAGGGGGUAGAGGGUGUCGCACACAUAAUUGACCCCAAAGCAAUCAGCAAGGACCACCUCUAUGGAACCCUUGAUCCAAACACCCGCGAGUGGACUGAUGGACUGUUCACGCAUAUUCUCAGGAAGAUCAUUGACAAUGUGCGUGGUGAGUUGCAGAAGCGCCAGUGGAUCAUUUUUGAUGGUGAUGUGGACCCUGAGUGGGUAGAAAACCUCAACUCUGUCCUGGAUGACAACAAGUUGUUAACCCUGCCCAACGGAGAGCGUCUCAGCCUGCCACCCAAUGUGCGCAUCAUGUUUGAGGUACAGGACCUGAAGUAUGCAACCCUUGCCACUGUGUCUCGCUGUGGCAUGGUAUGGUUCAGCGAAGAUGUCCUCAGCACAGAUAUGAUCUUCAACAAUUUCCUAGCCCGGCUGCGGAGCAUCCCAUUGGAUGAAGGCGAGGAUGAGGCGCAGCGUAUGCGCAAGGGCACUGAAGAUGAGGGGGAAGAGGCUGCUUCCCCUAUGUUGCAGAUCCAGAGGGAUGUGGCUGCCAUCCUGCAGCCCUACUUCACCUCCACAGGGCUGGUAAUCAAGGCCUUGGAGCAUGCAUCCAGGAUGGAGCACAUAAUGGACUUCACUCGCCUACGCUGCAUGGGCUCCCUCUUCUCCAUGCUUCACCAGGCUUGCCGCAACGUAGCCCUCUAUAACAAUAACCACCCAGACUUCCCCAUGCCUGUCGACCAGCUUGAACGUUACAUGCAGAGGUACUUGAUCUACGCCGUCCUCUGGUCCUUCUCUGGUGACGGGAGGCUGAAGAUGAGAGCAGAACUGGGCGAGUACAUCCGACGAAUUACAACUGUCCCUCUGCCAUCUGCACCCAAUGUUCCCAUCAUCGACUAUGAGGUAUCCAUCACAGGUGAAUGGCAGUCCUGGCAGACUAAGGUGCCUCAAAUUGAGGUGGAGACUCACAAGGUAGCUGCACCGGAUGUGGUGGUGCCCACCCUGGACACAGUGCGUCAUGAGGCCCUGUUGUAUACCUGGCUUGCAGAGCACAAGCCACUGGUGUUGUGUGGCCCCCCUGGGUCUGGUAAAACCAUGACCCUGUUCAGCGCCCUCCGGGCCCUGCCUGACAUGGAAGUUGUGGGCCUGAAUUUCUCUAGUGCCACCACCCCAGAACUACUGCUAAAGACUUUUGACCACUACUGUGAAUACCGCCGCACCCCCAAUGGCAUUGUCCUGGCACCUGUGCAGUUGGGCAAGUGGCUAGUUCUGUUCUGUGAUGAAAUCAACCUGCCAGACAUGGACAAGUAUGGCACCCAGAGGGUCAUCUCUUUCCUCAGACAGAUGGUGGAGCAUGGUGGAUUCUACCGAACCUCAGACCAGACCUGGGUCAAGCUGGAAAGGAUCCAGUUUGUUGGGGCAUGUAAUCCUCCCACAGACCCUGGCAGAAAGCCUCUCACUCACAGGUUUCUGAGACAUGUGCCAGUGGUGUAUGUGGACUACCCUGGUCCUGCAUCACUUACCCAGAUCUACGGAACCUUCAACCGUGCCAUGCUGAGGCUCAUCCCCUCGCUGCGUACCUAUGCUGAGCCUCUGACUGCUGCAAUGGUUGAGUUCUACACCAUGUCACAGGAGCGCUUUACUCAGGACACUCAACCUCACUACAUCUACUCACCCAGAGAGAUGACACGUUGGGUGAGAGGAAUCUUUGAGGCUCUACGACCUCUGGAGACUCUCCCUGUUGAGGGCCUCAUCCGCAUCUGGGCCCACGAAGCCCUGCGUCUCUUCCAGGACAGGUUAGUGGAGGAUGAAGAGAGACGUUGGACAGAUGAGAACAUUGACACAGUGGCUCUCAAACACUUCCCCAACAUUGACCGUGAGAAGGCUCUGAACCGACCUAUUCUGUACAGUAACUGGCUCUCAAAGGAUUACGUCCCCGUUGAGCAGGAAGAACUGCGAGAUUACGUGAAAGCCCGUCUCAAGGUCUUCUAUGAAGAGGAGCUUGAUGUUCCUCUUGUGCUGUUCAAUGAAGUUUUGGAUCAUGUCCUUAGAAUUGAUAGAAUCUUCCGACAGCCACAAGGCCAUCUACUCCUCAUUGGAGUAAGUGGGGCCGGAAAGACCACCCUUUCCCGCUUUGUAGCCUGGAUGAAUGGCCUCAGUGUAUACCAGAUCAAGGUGCACAGGAAGUACACAGGUGAGGACUUUGAUGAGGACCUGCGAACAGUGUUGCGCCGCUCUGGGUGCAAGAAUGAGAAAAUUGCCUUCAUCAUGGAUGAGUCCAACGUGCUGGACUCUGGAUUCCUGGAGCGCAUGAAUACAUUACUAGCCAAUGGAGAGGUGCCAGGGCUCUUCGAAGGAGAUGAAUAUGCUACUCUGAUGACUCAGUGCAAGGAGGGUGCCCAAAAGGAGGGCCUGAUGCUGGACACGCAUGAAGAGCUCUACAAGUGGUUCACAAGUCAGGUCAUCAGAAACCUGCAUGUGGUCUUCACCAUGAACCCAUCUUCAGAGGGUUUGAAAGACCGUGCAGCCACAUCCCCUGCUCUUUUCAACAGAUGUGUGCUUAAUUGGUUUGGAGAUUGGUCCACUGAGGCCCUGUAUCAGGUGGGCAAAGAAUUCACCAGUAAGAUGGACCUGGAGAAGCCAAAUUACAAAGUGCCCGACUACAUGCCUAUCGUGUACGACAAACUGCCCCAGCCUCCCACCCAUCGUGAGGCCAUUGUCAAUGGCUGUGUGUUUGUCCACCAGACCCUGCACCAGGCAAACAAUCGGCUGGCUAAGCGUGGCGGACGCACCAUGGCCAUCACACCACGUCAUUACCUAGACUUUAUCAACCAUUACGCUGACCUCUUUCAUGAGAAACGUAGUGAGCUGGAAGAACAGCAGAUGCACCUCAAUGUGGGCUUGCGCAAGAUCAAGGAAACUGUGGACCAGGUGGAGGAGCUUCGUCGAGACUUGAGGAUCAAGAGUCAAGAGCUGGAGAUGAAGAAUGCUGCUGCCAAUGACAAGCUGAAAAAGAUGGUGAAAGACCAGCAGGAGGCAGAGAAGAAGAAGGUCAUGAGUCAAGAGAUUCAAGAAGCUGUCUACAGACAGCAAGAAGUGAUCAAAGAAAAGCAGCUGAGAGUCAAGCAAGAUCUGGAUCAGGUGGAGCCUGCUGUCAUUGAGGCUCAGAAUGCUGUCAGCUCAAUUAAGAAGCAGCACCUUGUUGAAGUGCGCGCCAUGGCCAACCCACCUGCUGCAGUAAAGCUGGCACUAGAGUCUAUCUGCCUCCUGCUGGGGGAGGAGACUAAUGACUGGAAAAAGAUCAGACAAGUUAUUAUCAGAGAGAAUUUUAUCUCCAGCAUAGUCAACUUUGUCUCUGAGGACAUGAGCGACUCCAUCCGUGAAAAGAUGAAGAAGAACUACAUAUCCAACCCCAGUUACAAUUACGAGCAGGUCAACAGAGCCUCUCUUGCUUGUGGGCCUAUGGUGAAGUGGGCCAUUGCUCAGCUAAAUUAUGCAGAUAUGCUGAAACGUGUGGAGCCAUUGCGCAACGAGUUGCAAAAACUGGAGGAUGAUGCCAAAGACAACAAGUCCAAGGCUGAAGAAGUGGAGCAGAUGAUCCGUGACCUGGAGUCCAGCAUUGCUCGAUACAAGGAGGAGUAUGCUGUGCUUAUUUCUGAGGCGCAGGCUAUCAAGGCUGACCUGGCAGCUGUUGAAGCGAAGGUGAACCGCAGCACUGCCUUGCUCAAGAGCUUGUCAGCUGAGAGGGAGCGCUGGGAGAAGACCAGUGAAACCUUUAAGAACCAGAUGUCCACAAUUGCUGGAGACUGUCUGUUGUCAGCUGCCUUCAUCACUUAUGCUGGCUACUUCGAUCAGCAAAUGCGUCAGAACCUCUUUACUACCUGGUCACACCACUUGCAGCAGGCCAACAUCCAGUUCCGCACAGACAUAGCAAGGACCGAAUACCUGUCUAAUGCAGAUGAGCGGCUCCGCUGGCAGGCAAACUCGCUGCCUGCUGACGACCUCUGCACUGAGAAUGCCAUCAUGCUGAAACGGUUCAACAGGUACCCUCUCAUCAUAGACCCAUCUGGUCAAGCUACUGAGUUUAUCAUGAAUGAAUACAAGGACCGCAAGAUCACCAGAACUAGCUUCCUGGACGAUGCCUUCAGGAAAAAUCUGGAGAGUGCCCUGCGGUUUGGAAAUCCUCUGCUGGUGCAGGAUGUAGAGAGCUAUGACCCAAUUCUGAACCCAGUUCUCAAUAGAGAAGUGCGUAGAACUGGUGGACGAGUGCUAAUCACCCUUGGUGACCAGGACAUAGACUUGUCACCAUCUUUUGUCAUCUUCCUGUCGACGAGAGACCCAACGGUGGAGUUCCCGCCAGACCUGUGCUCUCGCGUGACUUUCGUCAACUUCACAGUGACACGUAGCAGUCUGCAAAGCCAAUGUCUGAACGAAGUGCUGAAGGCAGAGAGACCCGAUGUUGAUGAAAAGCGUUCAGACCUCCUCAAGCUGCAGGGUGAGUUCCAGUUGCGUCUGAGGCAGCUGGAGAAAUCUCUGCUGCAGGCCUUGAACGAGGUGAAGGGGCGCAUCCUCGAUGACGACACGAUUAUCACCACGUUGGAAAACCUAAAGAAGGAGGCAGCUGAAGUGACGCGGAAGGUGGAGGAAACUGACAUUGUCAUGCAGGAGGUGGAGACAGUGUCUCAGCAGUAUCUGUCACUCUCGUCAGCCUGCAGUAGCAUCUACUUUACUAUGGAGGCUCUCAACCAGAUUCACUUCCUGUAUCAGUAUUCACUUCACUUCUUCCUGGACAUCUAUCACACGGUAUUGUACGAGAACACCAACCUGAGGAGUGUCAGUGACCACAGCCAGCGCCUUUCAUUUAUUACCAAGGACCUCUUCCAGGUUGCUUUCAACAGGGUUGCAAGAGGCAUGCUCCAUAAUGACCACAUUACGUUUGCAAUGCUCUUGGCCAGGAUCAACCUGAAAGGCAUGAUCAGUGAGCCAUCAUUUGAUGCGGAGUUCCAGCAUUUCCUGCGAGGAAAAGAGAUUGUUCUCACAGGCACAGCUCUCCCCAAGGUAAAAGGCCUGAGCACUGAACAGACGGAGGCCAUGAUCCGGCUCAGCCGCCUGCCUGCCUUCAAAGACCUUGUCUCCAAAGUGCAGGCUGAUGAGCAAUUCUUCAUGUGGCUUGAAAGCAACUCUCCAGAACUGUCGGUGCCCUACCUCUGGACAGAGGAGAAAACAUCAAGUCCCAUUGGCCAGGCCAUGCACCAGUUGCUUCUGAUUCAGACUUUCAGGCCAGAUCGUCUGCUUGCCAUGUCUCACAUCUUUGUGGCCAAGGUUUUGGGAGACAGCUUCAUGGCUGCUAUUGAGCAACCACUGGAUCUGGCCAGCAUUGUUGACAGUGAGGUGAAGCCCAGUACACCGGUGCUGAUGUGUUCUGUACCUGGCUAUGAUGCCAGCGGCUUGGUGAGAGAUCUGGCUGCCGAGCAGAACAAGCACAUCACGUCCAUUUCCAUUGGAUCUGCAGAGGGAUUUAACAAAGCUGACCGAGACAUCAACACAGCUGUGAAGUCUGGAAGGUGGGUGAUGCUGGAGAAUGUCCACCUGGCCCCAGGUUGGUUGAUGCAGCUUGAAAAGAAGCUCCAUUCCAUGCAGCCACACGCCAGUUUCCGUCUCUUCCUCACAAUGGAGAUCAACCCCAAGGUACCAGUUAACUUGCUCCGGGCUGGACGAAUUUUUGUCUUUGAGCCACCACCAGGCGUGAAGGCCAACAUGUUGAGGACCUUCAGCAGCAUCCCUGUUGCUCGAAUGUGCAAGGCUCCCAAUGAGCGUGCCCGUCUGUACUUUUUGCUGGCCUGGUUCCAUGCUGUCAUUCAGGAGAGACUGCGCUAUGCUCCAUUGGGCUGGUCCAAGAAAUAUGAGUUUGGAGAGUCAGACUUGCGUUCAGCCUGCGACACUGUGGAUACUUGGUUAGAUGACACGGCAAAGGGUCGCCAAAACAUCUCCCCAGACAAGAUUCCUUGGGCUGCCCUGAAGACCCUGAUGGCCCAGUCCAUUUAUGGAGGCCGCAUUGACAACGAGUUUGACCAGAGACUGCUCAAUACCUUCCUUGACCGUAUCUUCACCACAAGCAGCUUUGACAGCGAGUUCAAACUUGCCAUCAAAGUUGAUGGACACAAGGACAUCAAAAUGCCUGAUGGCAUCCGACGGGAGGAGUUCAUACAUUGGGUGGAGAUGCUUCCUGACACUCAGACCCCAUCCUGGCUGGGGCUUCCUAGCAAUGCUGAAAAGGUCCUACUCACCACCCAGGGUACUGACAUGAUGGGUAAGAUGCUGAAAAUGCAGAUGUUGGAGGAUGAGGAUGACCUUGCAUACGAGACGGAGAAAAAGAAGCGCACAAGCUCCUCCUCGGAUGCCCAGCCUGCUUGGAUGCGGACGCUGCGUACCACUGCCUGCAACUGGCUGCAGCUCAUUCCAGAGUCUGUCAACCCCCUCAAGCGCACAGUGGAGAACAUCAAGGACCCUCUGUUCCGCUUCUUUGAGCGGGAGGUCAAGAUGGGUGCCCGCAUGCUUCAGGACGUACGCCAGGACCUCACUGAUGUGGUGCAGGUGUGUGAAGGCAAGAAGAAGCAGACCAAUGUGUUGCGAACCUUGAUCAACGACCUUGUCAAAGGAAUCCUGCCUCGUAGCUGGUCCCGCUACACAGUUCCUACUUCCAUGACGGUCAUCCAGUGGGUGGCAGACUUCAGUGAGCGCAUCAAGCAGUUGCAGAUGAUCUCACAGGCAGCAGGCACUGGAGGUGCUAAGGAACUGAAGAACAUCCAUGUGUGUCUGGGCAGCCUGUUUGUCCCCGAGGCCUACAUCACGGCCACACGCCAGUACGUGGCCCAGGCCAAUAGCUGGUCUCUGGAAGAGCUGUGCUUGGAGGUGAACGUCACCACCUCCCAGGGUCCUGCUCUAGAUGCUUGCAGCUUUGGAAUUAAAGGUCUGAAGCUACAGGGAGCCACAUGCGGCAACAACAAGCUCUCCCUGUCCACAGCAAUCUCCACGGAGCUGCCCCUCACGCAACUGCACUGGCUGAAACAGGGCAACGCGGAGAAGAGAAACAUGGUCACUCUGCCAGUGUACUUGAACUUCACGCGCACUGACCUGAUCUUCACUGUGGACUUUGACAUCGCCACCAAGGAGGACCCACACAGUUUCUAUGAGCGUGGUGUAGCUGUGCUCUGCACAGAGUAGCUGUAGUGUCUGCAUGAUUAAACCCUUCUUGCUAGUUACUGCAUGAAUUGUAGAGUAGAAUGAGAAACUUUCAAUCUAGCUAGUUUAAAAACAGUUUUAGGAGGAAGUUCAGAUGGUCUGAGAAAUGUGAACAAGCUGGCAAAUGUUGGAGCAGAGAGACAUGGUGAGGAGUGGGGAGGUCUUAAUGGAGGGAUAUGUAUGUACUUUACUGAAGGAAAAGCUUGCUAUUCUCAUGUGUAAAACUGUUAAGCAGAAUUGCGGUGGAAACUUCCUAUGUAUUGCAGAUAUUAAUAAAUGGGACUAAAGCAUUA